CCUGACAUAAUUCGAUGAUUUCGUUGAUCUCUUUCUGCAGUUUUUUCCUCACUGCCAUAACUUUAAAUUUUAAGCUGAUGUGACAGACAAACUCGAAGGCUGCUCAGAUGGUGGCACUGGGCAUGAUCGGCCGCUAGAAACUACCCAAAAACAACCACCAUCCUCGCCGUUGUUCUUCAAGGGCAAUAAAAGGCGUCUUAGCGUCUGCGUGUCAUAUUUAUUGCAAACCCACAUCUAUUGAAACCCUCAGGAAAUCGAAGGAUUGAUACGGCGGCCGAACUCACGCCUGGCGCGAUGAGUGUUGAGCCUCGACUCGCCCAACCAAAUCUAUCUCUCGAUAACUACACCGUACCAACUUUUGACUUCUUCAAGAUGGGCGACCCUGUUGAAAAACACAGGUGUCAAAAUGAUAAUCAAUCUGAUCAUGUUGGAACAGGUUAUUCAAGUCAUGCAAACUGUGCCAUGCCAACAGACCCCAGCCUGCUGUGUCCCGUGCGCAGCCCCCGGACUAGCAUCCUUUGCCGUUUCAUGGUGGUUAUCAUGGAUUGGCGCAUCAGGUUCUUCUCCAGGGGGUUUAGUUAACGCUAACUUACAUUACACACAGAGUACGACAGACAAGCGACACCGUUUUAACUUUUCCCGGUCUCACGAACGCCGCAAUUUUCUCGUGAUAUAUUUGAAACGAACAGGCAUCCCAAAUGAGAAUGAGCAUCGUAAACCGGAUGCUAUAUUAAGAACAUGCUUGCUCCUGCACUCCCUUUUGCCGCACGCGACAGUCGAGUAUUCAACACUACGGAUUACUUCAGGGUCUGUACGGACUGUGGCUAUGGCUAACCGAUAACUAGAUAUUUUCAGUGGCAUAAGAGUCUGGCUUUAGAGCCGCAGGGAUCAUAAGUGUACAUGUACAUCUACUGUGAGGAGACCGCGUUUCAAGCCUCUCUAACGUGGAAACACACGAGGAGGAGACCCUUCCCUUCUUUUAGCGAAAUGAGGUAUCGUGUCGCGUGUAUCGAGGCUGAAUCACGACGGGGCUUCGGACGAGCAAGCCAAAAUAGAUUGAUUGAGGUCUCGAGACAGCCUUGCUUAUACGCGACUUAAAUAACAUUAUGGACAAUUGAACAGACCUGGGCAGCCGGUAGGGUCGUCUUCAUGCGCCAAAUCUUUCUUCUUAUCCGACUCCGCCAGAAGGUCCCCAGGAAGAACAACACCUUUGGGAUUUGGGAACACCAUAUAAUCCCCGCAAACUUAACCGUCAACCUUCCAAGUGCAUUUCUUGGAUUGCCAAUGAUGAGCUUCGAUUUCGCGGAUGACUUUCUUCUUAAAUUGACGCAACAGAAUUCCACGUCACUCAUUCGCACACAUGGCUUCGAACUCUAACAGACCGGGUCAUUGAGUACUGCUAUAUAUUAUCUAGCUGCGAGCAGCUUCAUACUCACUACGCACUACGUCCUCCAUGCUAAUGAAUCAAUACUAUAUUGAUCCGUCUACUAAUACCCCAUGAGCCUAUAGUUCAAAAAUCACGACUGUUCCUUUUACAUUAACCAUGAAGACAACGAUCGCUUUCCUUGCUGCGUCUGUUGCUGAAGCCUUCAUUAUUCCAGAUCAGCAGCAGUUAUCGGCACUUGCCGAGUUACCUCUUCAUUCCUAUCAUGAAAAUGCUCCUGAGCCGUCUGACAAUAUACUGUCGCGGGAGGAGGAAGCUAGUUUCAUACCUCACAUCGCUGAAAUGGCGGCGAUGACUGAAGGUCUAGGUUGUCUGAUGGCGAACUAUCCGCAAGGGGCAGGAAUACUACCGCCAGAUCAAGACCUUGAGGAUAUUGAAUAUGGCGAUGAUGGAAACGAUGGCUGGGACGAGGAUUUUUUCAUACAGCCACAGUCUGAGACACACGACGAAAGAGGACACCAUCCAGGACACAGGCAUUUUAAUAUGACCCUUUACGAAAUGAUAAAUACCAGCACCCACACGAAAACCUUUGCCAGGCUAGUAUCCGAGUUCUACGAUGUCGCCGAUAUUCUCAAAAGCACCUCGUCAAAGCAUACAGUGUUUGUCCCCACAGAUAAAGCCUUCGAAAAGUUGAGAUACCAUCAUCCGAACCUGCCGGACAAAGUUCUAAAGAAGGUGAUCAUGUAUCAUAUUAUGCCACACGAAUAUUCGAGGCGGGAGCUAUUCUUCAUGAACACAAUCCCCACGAUGCUCGAAAAUACCGGUCUCGGUCCUUACCCUCAGCGAAUCUGCACACAGUUUGGGCCAAAGGGGUUGACCUUGAACUUUUAUGCUUCCAUUAUCAAGGGUAACCUUUAUGGCACGAAUGGGGUUGCCCACGGGUUGAACAGCGUUCUACUCCCGCCGUUUACGGCUAUAGAUGCCCUAAAUACCCGCCCUUCCACCUUCAGCACCUUCGAGUUAGGCCUGUAUAAAACUGGCCUCUUUGACAAUAUCGAGGACAAAUCUACCCAUUCAGGGGCAACAUUCUUCGUCCCCACCAAUCGCGCAUUCAAGAAACUUGGCCAUCGCGUCACUUCUGUGCUCUUCAGUCGCAGGGGUGAGAAAUAUCUGGAAGCUAUCUUGAAAUAUCAUAUUGUAUAUAACCAUACGCUUUACUCGGAUGAUUAUAACAAACCAAAAAAAGACGAAGGACUCAAUCCUGCGUCGGUCCAUAUCGAUUUGCCCACCCUCCUACUAGAUCGCCACAUUAGCGUAGACAUCGCGCGCUUUGGUCGCUUCGUCACACUUAAGCUCAACGGCUUUACCUCCGUCGCGAUGCCGGAUCUAGUUACGCAAGACGGCGUGAUCCACAUUCUUAACAAGGUUUUGCUUCCGCCAUGCCGUCCAGAGAGCCAAACAUGUGAGGACGGUGGUCGAACUAUUCAGCAUUCGUUUUUGGACGAUGAUGAUGAUGAUUAUGAUGAUGAUUAUGAUUAUGAUUAUGAUUAUGAUUAUGAUGAUGAUGAUGAUGAUGAUGAUAAUGCCUGGGAGAACUUGACAGUGGAAGAUUUGAUCGAAAGAUUGGAGCCGUACGUUGAAAAGUAACGUUGAGAAAUGUCAUGUUGAGAGGGUUCCGCUUUUUGCGCAUAGUUUUUCUUUUCGCAUGCGUGCGUAUUUGUAUAACUCUGCGAUACAACCCCAAAAUUGAAAUAUGUGGUGGGACGUGUGAAGGGUUCUUGGUAGGCUUUUCAUUUCUCCAAGUGCCCCUUUUCUUAUUUCCUGGGCGGCGCCCUCAAUUUUAUCCGCUCUUUUCUAUUCCAGCUGACGGAAUUCAUGGCAUUUGGCUAUCUAUUGACAAAGCUAUUCUUCGGUAAGAUUAAGGACUCAUAGGUUUUAAUGCUCCUGGGAAUCUAAAAAGGUAAUCUAUCUAUCUUCUGAACGCGUGACAUCCACUUCCUCUCUUGCGUAACCCCAAAUGACCACCCAAACUUAAGUAUCUAAGAUUGGGCAAGGAAUAAAAUUAUGGUGGUGAUAAAAUUUUUGGCCCAACUUCGAUGUUCUUGAUUUAAAGAUAUACAAGAUGGAUGUUCCCUUUUUCUAGGAACAAUUGUCCCAAGGCUUCAUCGAGCAAUUGAUCAUGACGUAAACGAACUAGUGGAAUCACCAGGAAAUGACGAAUUCUAAAUUUUAUCAGCCCUUAAUUUAAUGAUAAGCAUAAAUCC